GUAGCCGACUUCCGCGCCGUCGUCGACGGCCUCGCGGCGCGCGUCGACGGCGGGCUGAGCCUGAUGACGGACGUCAUCUGCGGCUUCCCCGGCGAGACGGACGACGACUUCGACGCGACGUACGCGCUGGUGGAGGACUACGCCUUCGGCCUCAUCAACAUCUCCCAGUUCUACGCGCGGCCGGGCACGCCCGCGGCGUCCAUGAAGCGCGUCCACACGGCGACGGUCAAGGACCGGUCGCGGCGCCUCUCGGCUUUGACGCAGACGUUCCGGCCCUACGAC